GGCCCCGAUGGACCCCCGGACCCCUACCCGGACGCCAACCCCGCGCUACUUCACCUGGGACGAGGUGGCGCAGCGCUCCGGGCGCGAGAAUGAGCGGUGGCUCGUGAUCGACCGGAAGGUGUACAACAUCAGCGAGUUCACCCGCCGGCACCCGGGGGGCUCCCGGGUCAUCAGCCACUACGCGGGGCAGGAUGCUACGGAUCCCUUUGUGGCGUUUCACAUCAACAAGGGCCUUGUGAGGAAGUAUAUGAACUCUCUCCUGAUCGGAGAACUGUCUCCAGAGCAGCCCAGCUUCGAGCCCACUAAAAAUAAAGAGCUGAUCUACGAGUUCCGGGAGCUGCAGGCCACCGUGGAGCGGAUGGGGCUCAUGAAGGCCAACCAUGUCUUCUUCCUGCUGUACCUGCUGCACAUCCUACUGCUGGAUGUUGCUGCCUGGCUCACCCUUUGGGUCUUCGGGACAUCCUUUGUGCCUUUCCUCCUGUGUGCGGUGCUGCUCAGCACGGCUCAAGCUCAGGCUGGCUGGCUGCAGCAUGACUUCGGGCACCUGUCCGUCUUCAGCACCUCUACUUGGAACCACCUGCUCCAUCAUUUCGUGAUUGGCCACCUGAAGGGCGCCCCCGCCAGUUGGUGGAACCACUUGCACUUCCAGCACCAUGCCAAGCCCAACUGUUUCCGCAAAGACCCGGACAUCAACAUGCACCCGUUCUUUUUUGCCCUGGGGAAGAUCCUCUCUGUGGAGCUUGGGAAACAGAAGAAAAAGUACAUGCCAUACAACCACCAGCACAAAUACUUCUUCCUGAUUGGGCCCCCAGCCUUGCUGCCUCUCUACUUCCAGUGGUAUAUUUUCUAUUUUGUUUUCCAGCGGAAAAAGUGGGUGGACUUGGCCUGGAUGAUCAGCUUCUACGCCCGCAUAUCCCUCACUUACAUGCCGCUGUUGGGGCUGAAAGGCCUCCUGGGCCUUUUCUUCAUGGUCAGGUUCCUGGAGAGCAACUGGUUUGUGUGGGUCACACAGAUGAACCACAUCCCCAUGCACAUUGAUCACGACCGGAACAUGGACUGGGUCUCCACCCAGCUCCAGGCGACAUGCAAUGUCCACAAGUCUGCCUUCAAUGACUGGUUCAGUGGACAUCUCAACUUCCAGAUUGAGCACCAUCUUUUCCCCAUGAUGCCUCGACACAAUUACCAUAAAGUGGCCCCCCUGGUGCAAUCCCUGUGUGCCAAGCAUGGCAUAGAGUACCAGUCCAAGCCCCUGUUCUCAGCCUUCGCCGACAUCGUCUACUCACUGAAGGAGUCUGGGCAGCUCUGGCUUGAUGCCUACCUUCACCAGUAACGACUGGCACUCCUCCUCCCACCUGGAAGAGAUGUCUGUCUUCACCGAUAACACCAGCCCAUCGGGAAGGGGAGUCUGCACCAAAGCAGAGGGGAGCUUAUGGGACAAUGCCACUAUAAUUCUAAUAUUCAAAGGGGGUGGGUUUGAGGAGACAAAGACUCUGACUCAAACCUCCCCCCUUUAUCUUCCAGGCACAGAUUUAAGACCCAAAGGGGUAGGGGACCGUGCAUGCCUUCUGGAAGGAGCGGUGGGCCUGAUGGGGCAGAGAUGUGCCAGUUUUGUUUCCUUUUUCUAGUUUGGCAGAUGCAGAUGGUUGGGUUUCAGCGUGGGGUCACCAGCCUAUCGAGCCAUCUGGCUGCCAAGCUGAGCAAAUCCAGUGAUGCUUACUGAGCCAAGGCCGGGCCCUCGAAGCACUUCAACCACCGUGGCCUUCUCUCCUUAACCUAGACCGGUGUGCUCUCACGUGGCCACAGAGGGACACCCCAGUGACAAAAGGCUUAGACCAUUACAACAGUAACAGGAGUCAUUUCAAAUCCAAGCAGUGACACAAGAAAACAGGCUCAAAGACCAUACAAGUCACCGCCAGUCAGACUGGCAAAACUAACCUUUGAACUCCCGUGUUCUUGAGUUCCCGCCUCUAUGUGCAUCUUUGUUUCUUUAAUUAGGCCGACAUCCGUGUCCUUUGUGUUGAUGUUACUACAUCUCCAAGAAGUAAAGCUGAAAAAUAAAGUUAAUUUUGACCACCUGAA